AUGUGGUCGUGGCUGUACCUGGCGGCGGUGCUGGCAGGGCUGUACCUGCUGCGGCGCUGGCGCCGGGAGAGGCAGACGGUGCCCAAGCUCUCGGAGAAGUUCGUGCUGAUCACAGGCUGCGACAGCGGCUUCGGCAACCUGCUGGCCCGGCGGCUGGACGCGCGGGGGCUGCCGGUGCUGGCCGCCUGCCUGACCGAGGCCGGCGCUGCGCGGCUGCGGGCGGAAGCCUCCUCCCGCCUGCAAACCGUCCUGCUGGACGUCACCUCCAGCCAGAGCAUCGCCGCCGCCGCCGCCUGGGUGCGGGAGCGUGUGGGCAGCCGAGGUCUCUGGGGGCUAGUGAACAACGCAGGGGUCCUUGGCUUCGUGGGCCCUGCUGAGUGGCUGACCAAGGAGGACUUUGCCAAGGCGCUGGAUGUCAACCUGCUUGGCCUCAUCGAGGUGACCCUGAGCCUCCUGCCCCUGCUGCGCCAGGCUCGGGGCCGGGUGGUCAACGUGGCCAGCGUGGCGGGCAGGAUCUCCUUCUUCAGCGGGGGGUACUGCAUCUCCAAGUACGGUGUGGAGGCCUUCUCUGACAGCCUCAGGCGCGAGAUGCGCCCCUUUGGGGUGCAGGUCUCCAUCAUCGAGCCUGGCAGCUUCCGCACCACCCUGACCGACACCAGGGCACUGCUGAAGAACUUGGAGCACCUCUGGGGGCGGCUCCCAGCAGAGACCCAGGCUGCCUACGGCCAGGGUUACAUCCAGGCCUACACCAAGGUCUCUGUGCGGCUGUACCCCCUGGUCAGCACCCGCCUGUCCAUCGUCACCGAUGCCAUGGAGCACGCCCUGCUCGCCUGCCACCCCCGCAGCCGCUACUCGGCCGGCUGGGACUCCUGGCUCGUGUUCCUGCCCCUCAGCUACUGCCCCACCUGGUUCAUCGAUGCCAUCGUGAGCUUCAUCAUGCCCAGCAAACCUCGGGAGCCGCUCACACGCCCCUGA